ACUCAACCAAAAAAAAAAAACAGGUCCUCCUUUGCCAAAUAUCAAUUCCAUUCUCUGGCUCACAACGCACGUUCAAACUCAGUAGUAUUCCAUUUCUGAUUCUCUCUUUCCAUCACAACACUACGCACUCCACCAUCUUCAACCAUUUUCCAAAACCCUCGAAACCCUAACCCUAGCACUUCAUGGAAUCCAUUGGCGUACUCAUGCCCAUCCCGAUGAACUCGUACCUGGAGCAAGAGCUCCAGAAACGCUACAACCUCUUCAAGCUCUGGACCGCUCCGCAGAAGCCGCAGUUCAUCAAGGAGCACGCCGACUCGAUCCGCGCCGUCGUCGGAAACGCCUCCGCCGGCGCCGAUGCCGAGCUGAUCGAGGCAUUGCCGAGGCUGGAGAUCGUGUCGAGCUUCAGCGUCGGAGUGGACAAGAUCGACCUCGCGAAGUGCAGGGAGAAGGGGAUUAGGGUUACGAACACCCCCGACGUGUUGACCGAAGACGUCGCCGACCUCGCCAUCGGGCUCAUAUUGGCUGUGCUGAGGAGGCUGUGUGAGAGCGACCGGUAUGUGAGGAGUGGGAAGUGGAAGAAGGGAGACUACAAGUUGACUACUAAGUUCUCUGGAAAAACAGUUGGUAUUAUCGGUUUGGGAAGAAUUGGAAUGGCAGUUGCCAAGAGAGCUGAAGCAUUUAACUGCCCAAUCUGUUACUAUACAAGAACAGAAAAAUCAGACAUGAAGUACAAAUACUAUCCUAGUGUUGUUGAGUUAGCCUCCAACUGUCAAAUUCUGGUUGUUGCUUGCCCACUGACAGAAGAAACCAGGCAUAUCGUCAAUCGUGAAGUCAUGAAUGCAUUGGGUCCAAAGGGUGUUCUUAUCAACAUUGGGAGGGGCCCUCACGUGGAUGAACCAGAGCUGGUAUCUGCAUUGAUUGAAGGCCGGUUAGGUGGGGCUGGUCUUGAUGUGUAUGAACAUGAGCCUGAAGUACCUGAGGAACUCUUUGGUCUUGAAAAUGUAGUCCUCUUGCCUCAUGUUGGAAGUGCCACAGUGGAAACUCGAAAGGACAUGGCUGACCUUGUGCUUGGAAACCUUGAGGCUCACUUUUCGAACAAACCCCUGUUAACUCCAUUGGUACAAAUCCUUCUAAAAAACUCGUUCGAUUCUCUUGCUCACAGCUCACAAUCACAAAUACACCAUUUCCAAAACCUUGAGAAACCCAAAUCCUUAAUGGAAUCCAUUGACGUAUUGAUGCUGUGCCCGAUGAUCUCGUACCUGGAGCAAGAGCUCCAGAGUCGCUACAAUGUGCUCAAGCUCUGGACGGCCCAGGAGAAGUCACAGUUCAUCAAGGACCACUCCGCCACCAUCCGGGCCAUCGUCGGAGACGGAGGCCACGGCGCCGACGCCGAGAUGAUCGAGGCGCUGCCGAGGCUGGAGAUCCUGUCGAGCAACAGCGUCGGCGUGGACAAGAUCGACCUCGAGAAGUGCAGGGAGAAGGGGAUCAGGGUUACGUACACCCCCGACGUGUUGACCGAUGAAGUCGCCGACCUCGCCAUUGGGCUCAUAUUGGCUGUGCUGAGGAGGCUCUGCGAGAGCGAUCGGUACGUGAGGAGUGGGAAGUGGAAGAAAGGGGACUUCAAGUUGACUACUAAGUUCACUGGAAAAACAGUUGGUAUUAUCGGUUUGGGAAGAAUUGGGAUGGCAAUUGCCAAGAGAGCUGAAGCAUUUAACUGCCCAAUCUGUUACUAUUCAAGAACAGAAAAACCAGACACAAAGUACAAAUACUAUCCAAGUGUGCUUGAAUUAGCCUCAAACUGUCAAAUUCUGGUUGUUGCUUGCUCGCUGACAGCAGAAACCCGGCACAUUGUCAAUCGUGAAGUCAUGAAUGCAUUGGGUCCGAAGGGUGUUCUCAUCAACAUCGGGAGGGGCCCUCACGUCGACGAACCAGAGCUGGUAUCUGCAUUGGUUGAAGGCCGGUUAGGUGGGGCUGGUCUUGAUGUGUAUGAACAUGAGCCUGAAGUACCUGAGGAACUCUUUGGUCUUGAAAAUGUAGUCCUCUUGCCUCACGUUGGAACUGCCACAGUGGAAACUCGGAAGGCCAUGGCUGACCUUGUGGUUGGAAAUUUGGAGGCUCACUUUUCGAAUAAACCCCUAUUAACUCCACUGGUUUGAUAUCGUUAAGGGAUGUGAAGAUUGGUUGGAAGCUUGCCUUCUGCAAUCUUAUAUUUACUUCAAUUGUGGAAUUCACUGUUUCCAGAACUUGUCAAAUGCAUCUGGAUGGAAGAAAAAACUUUAAUAAUGUUUCUGUCACAUGUAAACAUUAGAGUCUAUCUUUCAACGAAGGGCUUAGGUUCUUGAUGAUUGAAAUCAGGUAGGCAAUAUUGCACCAUGUGCAAUUGCUCUCAAUGUUUGAGAUUGAGAGUUAAAAAAACAAUUUUCAAUCUCAAAAUUUUAAUAAAAAGAGUUCAAAUUUGGCAAG